AUGCCUCGAUGUAGCUUAAGAUCAGUGCAUACAAUAUGCAAAGACAUUCAUCCAAGGACUUUGGAUCUCUGUGUCACCGACUUUCCGGCUUCUGGGAUGUUUAAAUGUGUAGGGUUAGAAACCCUCUUGUUUGCAUUGCAUGCACGGCAUAUUGCGGCUCAAGAACGGUUUGAUCCCCGCGCAGAUCUACAGGCACACAUCACAGCAUUGCUAGAUCAUAUGUCGAACUUCAAAGUCCAAAUCCAGCCAGUCCGGGCCGGUACCACCAGCAGCCCACGUGGUUUCUCCCCGCUCCUCCGCCUGUUGCUCUCCCGUCCCCGGUCUUGUUACUCUCCCGCUCCUGUCCCGCACCGCACCGGUCCCGCACCGGGUCCCGCCCAUGUCGCUCGCUCGCUCGCCAUGAAUGGAUUGUGUCCGUCCCAGUUCCGGUCGGUCCUGUAUACCCAUGAAAUGCUACCGCCAUCUCAUCUCAUCGCAUGGCACGGCAUAGCACGGCAUGAAAAAUUUCCAUACCAGACCGCCCGCUACCGGCUUACUCGCAAAAACCUGAAGGGAGUUGCGCAUGCCCGUCGCGCCCACCUGUAUUACUGUCCACUGUCCAUGACCUGCCUGCCCGGUUAUCAUCCGUAUCGCGGCCUGGUACUCGGCCCUAGCAUAACGCAAACGCUGUUGCAACCCAACAACGACUCAGCCGCUAUCACUUACCUUAUCAGAUGUCAAACUAGCCGCAAGAAGACAAUCUUGGCGACCUGGUUUGUUAUCAUGAGGGGAAACUUGGGGGUCUCGACUGCGGGGAAGCUGGAGGGGCAACACGGGAUGGCUUGUUUCAUCCACGGCAUUGUGACAAGUUAUCGUCGAAUAGGAUAA